AUGCGUAUGGAUAUUGGACUGGACACACGUGGCCAGGGGCUAAUAGACCAGGAUUACAGUCGUUACCGGAGAAUUGAUGAACACCGCUGCCUAUGCAUUCGCUCCCGCUGUGCUGGUCACACCGCUUGGGGCGUUGAGCGUACUCACCGGGAUCGCGCUAAUCACCUCUCUAGUGCCUUGAUGGGCUCAUAUUUCCUCAGGGAAGAGAUCAACGUCCUCGGAAAACUCGGAUGUGCCGCCUGCCUUCUAGGCUCGGUGUUAUUGGUGCUUCAUGCGCCGGGCGACAAGGAAAUCGAGACUAUUGAUGAAAUCUUGCACCUGGCAAUCCAACCAUGUUGA